GUCAGCCUUCCGCACUCAGGCUUGGAAAGUUGAAAGUUUUAUUGAAGUGGAUGUUAUGUAGUAAGGAUUCGAAUUCGAAGCUUUGGAUCCUUACAAAACCGUCAUACUCGGAAGCCCAUGUUCGAUGUUCUUUCAAGACCGGAACUGCACUUUCUAACCGAGGAAUGUCGCCAUUCUUUUACUGUCAGUGACGUUGCCAGUCGCUAGUCAUUGCAAUACUUCUACACAGCUUCCGUUCAAAAAUUUCUCCGUUCGGCUCUUCGUGAAGGCAAAAGGAAGAGCAUCGCCCUUGAAGCUUGACCUUCUACUCCGGACCUGUCCCUGGAAUCCACUGCCGCCACCAAUUCGCCAAUAUUCGUUUGGGUGUCAAGCACGGAUGGGCGAUCCUUCCGUUCGCUCAUAAGCACUUUCCUAGCACCCGACCUUGACCUGACCCAGAACGCCGACGAUCUUUCGGAACUGUUAUGGUCUUAUCGAGGUGUAUUUCGAGAUGGAGGACGUGAAUCAAGCAUGAACCUAGAGUGUAGACAGGCUCGGAGAGGACGGGUUUCAAGCCCUUUCGGAACCGGCCUUCAUCGCCCGAUUGGAUGCUUGUUCGCUGCGGGGAACCCUGACAUCUUGAUUUGCGUCGGCGCAACCCAUGUGGAGUUUGCCCUGCCGUACUCUCGAAGCUGAUUGAUUACGGGUCUCCGAGGUCUGCUGAGUCUAGAUAUGCUGAAUUGACCAACCUCUUUACGCUUAUGGUGCGGUUUCGUCACUAUAUAUUCAAUGCUGGAGGAAUAAUCAAGACUUGGGCGCUCUGAGAACAUCUCCACUGUGCUUUUCCUUCGGGGCUUAUAAACUCUACUCUUCCGGGGAAAUCAUAAUAAAAGAACAAAUGGUUUUAGCGCUGUAGUGAAACCUGCAUCCCCAGUUAUGUUUGCGAAACAUACCACUACGGACCAGAAUUCAAUUCUGCGAUUCAGGGCACCUAUUCAUUCUGAAACCCAUUCUUCUCGGGGAGGACAGCCUCCGAUCGUGAUCUGAGCUUCGUGCACUCAGGCUUAUUGAAUCAAAUUGCGAACAACUGGCCAAAGCUCGGAAAGCUGGAUCCUUGCAGGAACAAGGUCAAGUCAAAUCUGUUUCUUCUUAUUUGUAAGCGGUGUCAGCUUUUACCUUGAGCCACAGCUGCCAGUAUUUCUUACCUUCGCCUGUCAUGGACCACCUUGUUUAGCGCGCCCUCUCCGAAACGUUUCGUAUCUGCCACAGUCACCUUCAAGUCACCUUUUCGAGUCUUCAGACAUCAAAGGCCGAAAUGGGCAACUUGCAGUCAAGCGAUGUCACCCCCAACACCCGUACAAUUCGGCGGCAGCGUUCUUUACCAAUUCUAUCUGGACUAGGCUUAGGGUGUACAUCCGCCCACUCUGUUUUUGGUUCUGACAGCUCUCAGGAAGUAUCGCAUUUCAGCCUCGGGCUAAACGAAAAGCACGAAAAGCACAAAUACAGUGAUCAACAUAGCGAAGACCCCCCUGCUUCUCAAAUUAUUCCGACCAGUCACGUUGCGUAUGCACCUACGGCUGACUUUCCGGCUGCAGGUGCAAGUUACGUGGCAUAUGACCAGUUUCUCCAAGAAUACCCUGAAUAUCGCCAAACGUGGAUACUCGAUUCGCUUCGUCGUAGCGACUAUCGGCGGCUCGCUCGACUCGGGGAGACGUAUGUGGACUACAUGGGAGGGUCGUUAUAUCCAGAGAGUCUGAUUCGUGUUCACGCGGACUUUUUGAGCGAUCAUAUCAUGGGAAACACACACUCAACCAGCAACAGCUCAAAGCUAUCUCUCAAAUGCGCCGACGAAGCUCGUGAAGCGAUACUCUCGUUCUUCAAGGCACCCUCAGAAUACACGGUCGUCUUCACUCCCAAUGCUUCUGGCGCACUAAAACUCAUUGGUGAAUCGUACCCGUUCACUCAAGGAAGUAAAUAUGUCUUGUGCGCCGACUCUCAUAACAGUGUUCACGGAAUACGGGAAUUUGCCACCCGCGCUGAAGCGGACGUAGUAUACAUACCGACUACCAACCAUGGCGGCUUCGAUGCAAGAAUUGCAAAGACCCUACUUCUACAGAAUCGCCCCCGAGCGAAGUCCCCUGCACCCAGUCUCUUCGCAAUUACAGGACUGUCCAAUAUCUCUAACUCAAAAAUACCAUUAUCGAUUAUCGAGUAUGCUUCAUCUCUUGGUUACCACACCCUCUUAGAUGCCGCCGCCCUUGCGCCCACAUCGCCUAUCUCACUGUCCGAUACUCCUGUUGACGCGAUGGCCAUCUCCUUUUACAAAAUGUUCGGAUUUCCGACUGGUGUGGGCGCACUAGUUGUUAAGAAGUCUUUCCUGAGGCAACUUAAAAGACCUUGGUUUGCGGGAGGGACCGUUGACGUGGUGCAAGUUCCGGGCAAUAUUAUCACUCGGUCCCGUCAUUUACACGAACAAUUCGAGGAUGGCACCAUUAACUACCUCACCCUCUCAGCAGUAUCAGAUGGCUUACGUUUUCUGUCGGCGUAUCUCCCUUUCUUACCGCUUAGGCUUUCAUGCCUCACCGAUUACACGGUAAAAGCACUCUCUCGACUUCGACAUGGUCCUACCGGGAUCCCCAUUGUUCGUAUUCUAUCUCGGCGACCCACAAACCGGAUUAAGUCCAUCGGGGAACAGUCCGAGACAGGUUCCAUUAUCUCACUGAUUUUCUCCUUCCCAACCGGUGAGAUGAUACCCAACUCGUUCGUGGAGUUCUCAGCAUCAAAGAUGAACAUCUCUCUUCGGACGGGUUGCAUGUGUAAUCCUGGUGGUGCCGCUGCGAUACUCGGUAUCGAGGAUCAUAUGCAACAGCUUUGUCCAGGGGCUACCCUCAAAGAUUUUGAACAGGUGGUCGGAAGAGAACUAGGAGUUGUUCGAAUUAGUUUAGGACUGGGAAGUAAUUUCCAGGAUGUGUGGAAUGUGGUCGAGUUCGCGUCAAUAAUGGGCAACGAACGAUCCCGGAACCAGCUUUGGGAUAGCUGGUUGGAUGCCUGUGGAAUUGGCCAUGCGAUUUGA